GGCCCUUAAGCGUGUUCCUCCAGCCUGAAGGUCAUGGGUUCGACCCAGACUCAGAGCGAGGGCGGCUACCUGCCCUUCACCUAUCUGCACGCCCUUUUCCUGGCGUGUUCCAUCAUCACCUAUCUGGUGGAUCUGACCAUUGAUGUGAUCUUGGCCGCCACCUACCUGAGUGAUGGGUACUAUUGGUACGCCCUCAUCACGGUUUGCCUGGUGGUGCUGCCCACCGGUUUAGUACAAGUCUUCUCCGUCCGAUGGCAUUACAUGGACGAGGUCAUGAAUAAGGGCAUUCUCAUUCUGCAUACUUGUCUCCUCGGGGUUUUAUACAGAUACUUGGUAGUCAUCACGAAUGGCCUGGAAGCCAUGAAAACCGGUGAAAACAUAGAUUACGAGCGCUUCUACCAGCAACAAAGUGACGUGUGUAUGCUGCGGCUGUUCGACUCGUUCUUGGAGUCCGCCCCUCAGUUGGUCUUUCACUUGUACAUCAUGUUUGUCAAGUCCCAUUGGCCGACUCAUCAGGUCAUCUGGACGGGGAUUUCGGCCAUCACAUCCAUGGUCUCGUUGGGCUGGGGUAUCGCCGCCUACAGUUCCUCGCAACGCAUGGUUCGGUCCGAGAAGGGCAAGAUGACUUGGACGGGCAUGAUCCUUCAGACCAUCUGGCGCUUCGGUAUGCUCUCCGCCCGCAUCAUAUCCAUGGUUAUGCUGACCGUAGCGCUCAACGAGUGGAGUCUGGUCGUUCUGUUUGUCCAUUGGCUCAUGAUGACCAUUUGGGUAAUUCUUCAAGACACCGAUUUCUGCACCAACGUGUGGGAGGAACGUCUUUACAACGCCAUCGUGGGCGUGAUCUAUUGUUUCUGCUUCUUCAAUCUCAAAGAAGGCCAAUCCCGGUUCAGAGCCACGGCGUUUUACCUCGUGAUUGUGGUAGAAAACUACGUGUUCGUGGCCACCUUUUGUUACAUGUCCGAUUUCGAGACACACCCACUCCGCGAGGGGUACUGCAUUGGCGCCUUGGUGAUCGUAUCCAUCGGUACCUUGGUGGGGCUCAUUGCCAUGUUGUUGUACUACCGAUACUUCCACCCAGUGGGUCCUAUCCGCCCAUGCGGCGGACUGCCCCCGCCCCUGGCGUUGGACGUGGAGAAAUCACACGCGGAAUUCCGUAACUCGACCUCGUCGGGGCCGGACUUCACCAUUGAUGAUAGCCUUCAUCAUCAGAAGUACUACGAAGACGCCUCAAUGACCACGCCCCCGUCUCGGCCUCUAAGGAAGACUCGGAUUCAGUACUCGAGGUCAUUCAAGGAUGCUUGUCCUCCGGUGAAACGCUUCACACCUAAAGUCACGGCGACCCAUCGGCCUGAGCCCGGUCCAGAGUCACCCGACAGCCCCACCAAUACAGCGGAAGGUAUGCUUCAUCCCGAGCGCAUGGAUUCGGCCUAUGGCACGGAUUCCAAUCGAACAGCCUCGAGAAGCACGGCCUCUCCUUUGGGCGAUUCCCCCGGCCACGCCCCUUCCGAGACGAAGGAACCGGAUUCCGAGGCCAAUAACUCGAAUGAAUCGUCGGCCUUCAAUAACGAGACCUACAUGUCUGUGGACAGUCCCAGCCCCGGUCAGAUCCGCACCUCCAAGUCAGGGCUCAUUAAUACGGUCUAUCAGUCCGUCAAGAAGCAGAGACGUCGCAGCUCGUCCAAUUCCUUUGGAUGUGAACUGAGUCAGUGUUCGCAGACAUCGGCGGAUUCGCGCAUAACGGUCAUCGAACGGCAGGCGGCGGCGGUAGCGGCGGUAGCGGCGGCGGGGGGAUCGUCCUCCUCUUCUGGUCAGAGAGAGGAGAGCGCUCAACAUCCGGAGAAGCCGUUGAAGCGGUCUCCCGUGGUGAAGGAUGUGACGGCGGACCCGAGUGCGACUGACUCGAGUGCUGCCAAACUCACGGGUCCACUGACCAUCAUAAUUCCCAAUAUUAGUCACCAGGCAUUUGCCCGGAGUAGUCACGCCCUGUCAGACAACAUUUCCGAUAAGACCAUCCCUCUGGAUGUGGUCAAUCCGGCUUUGUCUACUCCUCAGCGGAACGCACCCUUGCCCUUCCAUGAUUACGAAAACUUGGCCCUCAUCAAUAUCAAUCGAGCGCCCCAAGGGGGCGUCUCUCAUUGGCGAACGUACAGUGACAUGGCCAAUGACAAACACGAUGAAAGCACGGCUUAUGAGAAGAGAAAAAUGCUCCACUCGGACUACUCAAACUUCGGCAGCCUUCAGUAUUACGACAUUCAUCCCCUCAGCACGGAGUUGAAAGAGCAACUCUAUCGAAGUCUCACCCCGUUGUCAACGGCCGCUACCAUGGCUAGUGAUAGAAGUAACAACGUGUCGGAUUCGGAUACUUACGAGCCCAUCGAAGCGGCCGAGGGUUAUUUGUCCUCGAACUCCUUUCAGCCCAACAAGUUCAAGCUAUCCGAGAAUAACUCCGUGACUCUCAUACAUCAUGACGGGCAAAAGGUGUCGACCCAACAAAUUCUGUCCAUGGAGAAUCUCAAAGAGGUGCUCAAGAAUCAUCAGAACAUCCCCAUGGACGAUCCCCAGGAUCGUGGGGAUCUGUACCUGCUAGCUCCAAUGAGAAUCCUCUCACCCAUUUUGGAAGAGUCCGAGGGUGGUGGCGACUACUCGAGUAGGAUGAGCAACCCCGCUCCUAGUGAGAUCUAUCAGAGCUUGGACCUGAACCGCUCCAUCAUGACCGUGCUUUCCGAGGUACUCAGCACCAAGUCCUCGUACCAUCCUCGAUUAGUCGAGCAGCAACUCUUAGAGGAGCAGCAUCUGCAGCACCCACCGGCCAUUCUGGACAAUGAAACCACGAGUAGCACUUUGGUGCACACCAUCGAAGAGAUCCGGAACAACUCCCUAUGCAAUCUGUUCUUCUCCUCCUUCAACGACACCCCGACCAAGGUCUCCCCCGGGGACAACAACGCAUCAUCAGUCAAGCCAAAUCCCCAGAAUAACAACGGAGCCGCGCCGCAAGUUCCUCCGCGCAAUAAUUCUUCCACUCAUUCCAUAAAGGCCACAGCGCCGACAGCGCCGACCGUUCAAACCGCUUCGACGGUUCCAAUCCUGUCCGUGGAACCUCAGCGUUCGAAGAAUUAUUUUGUACCCAUUCAACAAGAGCCACCAGGUCCGAUCUACAAGGCAGCGGGAUCGCUGAAAUCGAUACAUUCCAACACUUUGGUUCCCAGCCCGAUCAACAAACCCCAGGCCAUCAAGCCGUCUCCAUUGACCAAUACGUCCGCAGGUUCAAGGAAGAAUAUUUUGGAAUUGGCGGCCGGAACCGCGACCCAUUCCAUUUUGAACACGCCCAAGAAGUCUACGGGUCACUUGAAGUUCUCAGCCUCUUUGCACCCGCCCUCCCGAGACUCGUCGGCCUUAUCCAUGAGCUUGUCACCCUCGUCCAAAUAUGAAACACCCACCCCGCCUUUGAGACCCAAUCAGUUUGUGCGGAACAUAUCCAAUAAUAGCCGUCCUCGGCGGAAGUUUUCCAUCAUCCGAGAACAAUACGAGUCUCCGAAAGCGGACUUGUACGAAAACGUCUCGGACGAUCUGUUGCACAACGAUCUCUCCCAGAUCACCCAACGGAGCCAAUCCACACCUUCGUUUGCCGCCAUCGAGGACAACGAGAUCAAGGCGGAUGAGAAGUACGAGAACCUCCAGCGAGGCUGGGCCACGUCCUCGACACGGCAACCCGCAACCUCGACUCGAGAUUGGUGUUUGCGAAACAAUCACAACCGGCGAUCCCUCUCCGGAUUGGACGAGAACAAGGAAAAUUACACGCCCGCCCGUCGGAAGUAUCCCUCGCCGGGUCCCAGUUUGUCACCCAAUGCAAAGAUAUUCGCCCAAAAACGUUAGAGAAUGUACCUAGUAGGAUCAAUCAAAAGCAAAUAAACGUCUCUUUACUCA